GGCAGGUAGGCAGAUCACUCUCAAAUUGGAUUUUUUGCCGUCAUAUCACUCAGUUCUUAUAUGUUUGCUAUUUCUCGUUAUUGCACGAAUGGGAUUCUUGUCAUCGUCUGUAGUGAUUUAUUUAUUCUGAAUCUUGCACAUUUUGCUACCGGUUUCAAAUACAUUGCUUUUCUCAUCGCUCUCCCACCACUCUCCCACCACUCUCCCACCACUCUCUCAGGGAUAAUGAACCAGAACGAAUUCAACGGUUCGGAUAUCGAACAACACAUCCAGUACUUCCAGCAGCAGCAGCAGGAACAGGCCCAGGAAGCCCAUCGCCAGGCCUCGCAGGUCCGCCAACAGCAGCUCCAGCAGCAUCAGUUUGCCAGCCUCAACAACCAAAUCAACCUCUCAAACCUCAGCAGUAACCUCAACGCCUCGGCCAACAGCAGCAACAACGCCUUUAGAACCUCAUAUGCCCAUUUCCAGGCCUCCUCCAACCACGCCAAUGACUUGUCUACCUUGAACUUCAGUCUCCAGUCGCUUCAGGAGCAAGCUGUUGUUGCUGCCAACUUGGCCCAGCCCACUCCCAUCGACCAGGCUCUUAUCGACGUCUCCAACGCCACUGCUGCAGCAGUUGGAAUAGGCGCCGACUCCAGCAACGACCUCAACGCUUUCAACAAUUCCAACAGCGCCAACUCCAACAACGACAAUACAAACAACACCUUGUGCAAUUUAAGUAACAACAUCAGUCUCAACAGCAGUCUUACAAAUGCCUUAAACAACAACAUUUCCAACAAUCUCAACAGCGGUCUCAAUGCCACUCUCGGAAACAGCCUUGGUAACAACAACAAUAGCAGCAGCAAUAAUGGCGGCAAUAAUAAGAACAUUAAUAAUAAGAACAUUAAUAAUAGUAAUAACAACAAUAAUAACAACAAUAAUAAUAAUAGUAAUAACAACAACAACAAUAAUAAUAAUAAUAAUAAUAAUAAUAAUAAUAAUAAUAAUAAUAAUAAUAAUAAUAAUAAUAAUAAUAAUAAUAACACUAACAACAGCAACGGUAGCAAUAUUACCAACAGUCUUCAGAAUCAGAAUCAAACGCUGAGCCGGUUGAUCAAUGUCGUGAAUGUAAAUAAUAAUUCCUCAAAAGUUUCUUCAAAAAAUAAUCUCAUCAGCAUCGAUAACAAUAACGCUGACAACUCGUUGCUUCCGGCUCAAGACGACCAGGCAAUAACUGAAGAUAACAAGUUGCCCAGAGCCACUUUACAACAAAAAAUCGAGGUUCUAGACUGGCACAAUGCCAGUGAAAGAAAAUGCCAACAGACCACUGUCAACCAUUUUAGAAAUUUCAAAAAAUUUUCCAUAACCAAAUCAACUUUUAAUAGAUGGGUAAAAGAAGAAGCAAAAUUAAGAAAAGACUUUAAAAAUUUGAGUUUUAAUUAUAGAAAUAUCUACAAAACAAAACCAAAUUUGAAAAACCCUGAGAUCAAUAGAGCUUUGGAAUUAUUUUACGAACAAAGCCUAUAUGAAAAUAAUAUUGACCAAAUCUCGGAAAGAUUAUUGCUUAAAAAAUAUGAAACUUAUGCCUUAUUAUUCGACCCAAAUUUUGAUGUAACAAAAGCAAAAAAAUCAAAUGGUUGGUUACAUCAUUUUAAAAAGAAAAAUUCUUUGAAAAAAAAUCUAAUCUUGGACUUUUUCAAAGACCAAGAACCAAUUUUUAACACCAAAUAUCUCAAUGCAGAAAAAAUUAGAAUUAAAAACAUUUUAAAAAAUUACAAUUUUAAUGAUGUUUAUCAUUUUGAUGAAUAUGCGGUAACCUCUGAUUUACCUGGCUUGAAAAAUUUCGAUGAUAAAAAAGUAAACACCAUCAAACUAAUUGUCGGCUUAUGUGUUAAUGCCACUGGCUCCAAUCUAUUGGAUCCUUUGAUCAUUGGUAAAGAAGCUUAUAAAGAUGAAUUAAAAUUGUCUAAUUUCAAUAACUAUUUCCAGAAUUUUUCAAUUAAUAUCACAAACGAAAUUUUCCACGAGUUUAUUUCGAAUUGGGAUCAUACAAUCCAUGAAAAUACGCCAGAUAGAAAAAUAGCUCUUUUGGUUAAUUGUUUAUAUCCCCACAUCAUACCAAGAGAUAACUUAAAAAAUAUUGAUAUCUACUAUUUCAGCCCUAAUUUUAUAUCAAAUCUAACCUAUCCCACUGAUAUAUUUAAUGACAAUUUAAACUCUUUUGGCUCUCCAGGCUUGAAUGAGUAUAGUACUUAUGAUAAUCAAGGUCAAAUCAUGAACAAUAUUAAUAUUUCUCUUUCUCAAGGUCUCUCUGGAAAUGGUAAUAAUAACAACAAUAACAAUAAUAAUAACAAUAAUAAUAACAAUAAUAAUAAUAAUAAUAGCAUUAUGGGUCAAAGUUCUUUGGCAAAUCAUGCAAUGUCCUCUCCUCAUGUUACUGGAAGACGCUCUUAUUUAAAUCCUCCAAGCAUUCCUUAUCGGUCGAAAAACAGCACUAUUUUACUAAGCUCAAAUGUUAAGAAACUAAAUAAAUUGGAUAUCCAACCUUUGAAUUUAGGAAUUUCAAGAAUUUUCAAGAAUUAUUUUAAAUUGAAUUUAUUUCAGUUUUAUUUAGCGCAGUUUAUUUGUUACGAUGAAUAUAGUAAUGACAACUCCCCAAUUUCAAAUAUGAAACUUUCAAUUCCUGAUAAUUUUGAGCAGGUUAUUAUUAGUAAUUUUAAUCCUGAAGCUGUUACAAAAAUUAUGAAUAGCAUUACUGAAAUUGAUUUAAUUUAUUUUGUUAUUGAUGCUUGGAAGAAAUUCAAAUUUCAAAAUGAAAAAUUUGAAAAAAAUAACAAUAAAGCUAAAGAAUCAGAAAAAAGAUUAAAUACUCCUGUUAAUAGUUCAUUCUCUGAGCAUUUAAAUAAUUUGUUAAGUUCAACUGCUGCAAAUAAUUUGGCUCAUGGAAAUGAACUUCUAAGAUCCAAUAUUGUUUCUAAUUGUUUUAGAAACAGUGAUAUCCUACAGUUAAAUAGAAUUAACUUGACAGGUGAUAUUAAUUCUAGUUUAAUCAAUCCGAUUGUUUAUUCUGAUUAUCAACAAGAAAUCCAACUUUUGAAAUUACUAAAAAUUUUUGAAAAUAAUGGUAUUAUUAGAUUAGUUAAGCCUAAAAAAAACAAUGCAGAUUUUGCAAGUGUUGCAAGCAUUCUUCCAAAUCUACUUAACAACAGAUUGAUUAAUUUAAAUAGAGAAACUACUAAUCAUUUGAUUAUUGAGCCCUUAGAAAUUGAAGAUAUUUUGUUUCCCAACGAAGAAUUUGUGAUCAACAGACAUUUAAGUGACGAAGAAAUUGUUGAUCUAGUCAAAGAAGAAAUGCGCAGCUAUAAUGUAAUGCAAGAGGAAAUGAAAAAGAAUUCUGUAGAUAUAAACAAGAUAAGAGACAAACGGAAGAAAGAUAAGGUUUCAAGAGGGUUGAAUAACAUGGAGAUUGAUUCUCAAUUACAAGAAGUUGACAAGUCUAAUCAACUUGAUAAUCUUGAAGAUGAGUUUGUUGAAGUUGAAGAAGAUGAUUUUAAAGAAAAUAUUGAUGAGUUGUUAAUCAUAUCCAAGUUAUUUAAUAAUAAGGUGAAUUCGUUUUUAUCAAAUAAUAGCAAAAAGCAUUUCCCUCAAUCCAAUUAUUAUUUCAAAAAGUUUUUAAAUUCUUUUAUUUCUGAGUCUAAUGAUAUUAUCUUAAAAUCAGAUAGAUUUAGUGUUUUUCACGAUUUAGAUUCUUAUGGGAGAUUCGGCACUAAUACUACUGAUAGUUUCAAUGUUUUGAACAAAAAGAGUAUACAAAAAAAGUAUAAAAAAAAGAAUAAAUUAGGAUUGACUAAUAUUCAUCAUGAUAGUUUAAGAGAUUCAUCUACUUCAAUAUCUGAAUCAACAGGUCAGAAACGAAAGUUAGUUCCUAUCAAUAAUUUAAAUAAAAGGUCGAAAACUGGGGAUUCUUUGGAUGCAGAUAUGGACCAAGUCAUAGAUUCUGGGAUGAAUUUGAAUGAUUCUAAUAUGGAUCCCAACAUGGAUCCCAAUAUGAAUGAUCCAAAUAGCAAUGUCAAUCGAAUUUCCAGUUUGAUUCAUGCAUAAUGAAAAUCAUUUAUUUUUUGCUUGAAUUUUUUUUAUCACGAUUUGUAGUUUAUUAUCUUCUUUUAUAUGAAGAGUGUUCGUAAAUUGGUUUGUUUAAUUUUUCAUUUCAUAGCUUUUGAAGGCUU